CGGUGCUGGAUGGACGCCCUGGAGCUGGCCCUGAAGUGCUCCAGCCUGUUGAAGAGGACCAUGAUCCGUGAGGGGAAGGAGGACGUGAGCUCCGUAGCUGCAGGAGGAGAACACAUCAACUUCUACAGCCUUCUCCGCGCCCACAACAUCCACGGGUUCCAGUUCAACGACAGCGACCAUCUGAAGGACCCGGACCUGUACUCGGACAAGUCGGACCGAGAAGGAGAGCCGGACCACGAGGAGUCUGACCCAGAAGGUCUGGAGAAGAGUGAGGAGAGCGACAGUGACACCUCGGAGCGUCAGGAAGACUCCUACAUCGACCUGGACUCUAACGACCAACUGUGGGAGACACCGUACCUGGAACAGUCCCACGAGGAGCUGGGGGAGGUAGGAACACAGUCUGGACACUAG